CGCCAUUCGAAAUCAAGAUACAUUGGUUUGAGCUCGACCUUGAUGACUUCCAACAUGACACGAUAGCAGAGGUGGAAAUGAACAGUCUUUGGCCGGCAACGUCCCGGCUUUCGUGUUUGAAUCUUCGAACCAUCUUCCAAACAUGCUACAAAGUCGAUAGCAUUGCCGCAAGGCUCGCACAACGGUCUAUUCGUCCAUGCUCCACAUCAUCGUUGCCAUUUCGGCGGAGAGAAAGGCAGCUUGGGGAAAGACGUCCAUCUUGGAGGUUGUGGCAAACACCAAGUCCAGCGUACCGGCUUGUCGACCGCACAUUCACCUCACAACGGAUAGUCACCAAAUUUCGGGAGCUGCCACAGCAAUAUGUAGAUGAGGACGGUCUUGAUUAUAGAGCACAGCCUUUGUCACAAGCUGAAACUAAGGCAAUUUUUGGGGAUAUCAUUGAUGCCAGGACCGCGCAUGGGCUUCUCAGAGUCUUACAUGGCCGUCGAGUAGCAGGAACAUUAGAAGAUCCAGGACUGAUGAGCACUGGCUACGAACAACAAUUUUAUGAUGCUGCAUUGGCAUGGUUGAGGAAGAAUAUUCCUGUGGAUGAAGUACAAUGUGCAGGGCUCAGAGCGGAGCAAGAGCUGGCAGAAAAGGAACUGCAGAUUGUCUCGGACGCAGAGAGGAUAGGGCUCUGCAAACCCAACUCGGGAAACGGCAAGGAUAUUUACGGCAAGAGUGGGCUCGAUGCUAUCAGGAAGUCGAAGGAAAGGGAAUUCAAGAAGACGGAAGCAAAGGCGAAGAUGAACCAAGCGGACGAGAUUCGACAAAACACUGGUACUUUGGAGGAAAUCUGUGCUCGGUCACACGUUGAGCUUCGAAGACGAGGCGAACAUCCAAGACUUAAGCACUAUGUAGAACGGGCCAAAGUCUUGCCCGAUACGCCUCCAGAGAUGAGUAAAUUCGAGCGGCUCUGGCCUUCAGCGCUCAUUGUCAUUGGAGUUGUACUUGCUUCGUACAUGUUCACACGGGCAUACACCCCUCCCAGACCUGCAUGGAGAAUGUGGCCAGACAUGCCCCCUUCUGCCGCGACUAUCAUAGGCAUAUUUCUCGCAAACGCAGUUGUGUUUUGCGCGUGGCAUAUUCCUGCAUUGUUCCGAGUCCUCAACAAAUUCUUCAUCACUGUUCCAGGAUAUCCGCGAGCCUUCAGUCUCAUCGGCAGCACAUUUUCUCACCAAAGCAUUUACCAUUUUGGUGUCAAUAUGACCGUGUUAUGGUUUGUGGGGACACGGCUCCAUGAAGAGGUUGGGCGUGCCAACUUUCUCGCCAUAUAUAUGUCGUCCGGAGCAAUUGCGAGCUUCACCUCCCUAACCUCUUGGGUCCUGCGAAACAAUUUCGUUUCUUCUUCUCUAGGAGCUUCAGGAGCUAUCUGCGGAAUCAUUGCUGCAUAUUUGUGUUUGAAUAGUACAGAGAAUGUCAGGAUCUUUGGGGUCUUUCCUCCGGAAGAUUGGUUCUCCAUUUCGGCUUUAGGAUUUCUAGUCUUUUUGAUAGGCUUAGAGAUCGCGACGUUGAACAAGAUGGGUGCGGUUAUUAUGGUGGAUCACUGGGCACAUUUGGGUGGCUAUGCUGCUGGAAUUGCGUCGGCGCAAAUGUUGAGGAUGCAGGCUAGACGGAGGAAGGCAAUUGAGGAGGAGAGGAAGAAUCCUUUGGGAGCCAUUGAGAAGAUCAGCGGAGGUAGAACGUAAUGCGUGUAUAUAUGUGCUUGUAAUAGUAAUGUAUAUGAGAAUGCAUCCCCUCUUUGCUAGAGUGUCUCUCGUCUGCCAUUCGCAGGCUCAU